AUGGGUUUGAACGUUGUUAGUAAGGUACGUUCUGUGUUGAAACACUUUGUUGCCAUUGAGCAGAGUGAGGGUGCUGGUGCCCUUGUUAAGAGGUCCAUUGGGACUAUACAGAUGAGAAACUUUCCACCAUUCUUAAUGUUGGAUAACUUCGAUGUGUCUCCACCUGCCGGGUUCCCGGAACAUCCACAUCACGGUCAAGAAACCAUUACUUAUGUAUUGCGCGGUAUGAUGGCACAUGAGGAUUUUACUGGUUCUAAAGGAGUUCUACGGUCUGGUGAUUUGCAGUUUAUGACUGCAGGCAAAGCGAUUGUCCAUUCAGAAAUCCCCGUUAAGAUGGAUAACGGUGAAUCCACCCAGGGUUUACAACUUUGGGUUGAUUUACCCAACGAUAUAAAAAACGUGGAGCCACGUUAUAGAGAUCUACGUCGUGAAGAGAUUCCUUUGGCUACUCCUAGUGAUAACCUAAUUGUGAAAGUGAUCAGUGGUGAAUCCUAUGGUGUUAAAUCCUUAACUGAAUUGGCCUACACACCAGUCGAGUUCUAUCAUUUUAUUGCCAACAAAAAGAACACAGAGUUUGCACAACCGUUUAGCGAUGAUUUUAGUUCCUUCAUUUACAUCAUGAAAGGAUCAAUCAGUAUUUCAGAUCAAGAAUAUCCUGAAUCCUCCGCCAUCUUCUUCAAGAAUGAUGGUGAUGGCAUUAGGGGAUUCACCACUUCCGAUAACGCGGAAUUCGCCAUUAUCGCUGGUAAAUACUUCAACCAAAAAGUGGUUCAAUACGGUCCGUUCGUGGAAUCUUCAAGAGAGAAUAUUGUCGAUGUCAUUCAAAACUACCAAAAUGGUGUCAAUGGGUUUGAAAACGCUAGAACUUGGUCCCCUGUCAUUAAGAACGGUGUCACCGAAGCAGAAGUUCAACAGUAUCUGCCAAAGGGAAAUUGA